AUGGAGAACCGAACGUCUGUCACCGAGUUCAUCCUGCUGGGCUUUCCUCUCCUGCGCCAGCUUUGGCUCCUCUCCUUUGCCAUCUUCCUGGCCAUCUACCUCGUCACGCUGCUUGGCAAUGCGGUGAUCAUCGCCCUCUCCCAGCUGGAGGCUGGCCUGCGCACCCCCAUGUACUUCUUUCUCAAAAACUUCUCCCUGCUGGAGAUGUGCUACACCUCGGUCACAGUGCCCCGGCUGCUGGGAGAUCUCCAGCACGGCCAUCGUGCCAUCUCCUUCCGCACCUGCAUUGCCCAGAUGUACUUCUUCUUCUUCUUCGGCUCCACAGAGUUCUUCCUCCUGGCUACGAUGGCUUAUGACCGGUACCUGGCCAUCUGCCACCCGCUGCGAUACCCGGUGCUCAUGAAUGGCCGAGCCUGUGCCCGUCUGGCCCUCGCCUCCUGGGUGAGUGGCUUCCUUACCCCCUUCCUUCCCACAGCCUUCAUCUCACAGCUGCCCUUCUGUGGCACCAACCAAAUCAACCACUUCUUCUGUGACACAGGGCCCCUGCUGAGACUGUCAACCGGUGAUACCCAUCUGGCCAACAUCUUGGUCUUCCUGGUCUCGGCGGUGGUGGUGCUCAGCUCCUUCCUCCUGACCCUCACCUCCUACACCCUGAUUGUCUUCACCAUCUGCCGUAUCCCGUCAGCCACGGGGAGACACAAAGCAUUCUCCACAUGUGCCAGCCACCUCACUGUCGUCAUCAUCUUCUACGGCACAGUCAUAUUCAUGUACAUUCAUCCUGGAUCUGGCCGGGCCUCUGACAUGGACAAGGUGGUGUCAGUCUUCUAUGCCAUUAUCAUCCCGCUGUUGAACCCUGUCAUCUAUACCCUGAGGAACAGGGACUUCAAGAGAGCGCUAGGGAAGGCCCUGAGGAGAGUGAAAGCUGCUUUUACUGUCCUGACCUAAACCUCAUC